AUGACCUCAUGUCACAUUAGAGACCAGACAUACGGUUCCCGUGGCAACGGGCAUGCGGCCACGCGCCGCCCUGAAGCCAUCCCCGCUCCGGGUGACCCAUGCCAGCCCCGCAGCCUCGCCGACAAGGACCUCAGCCUGCCCAAUGGCACACCUGUUGACACUUCUAGCCCAGCCUCCUCCUCUUCUCUUCUCAACAGACUGCAGCUGGAUGAUGAUUUGGAUGGGGAAACUAGAGACCUCUUUGUUACUGUUGAUGAUCCCAAAAAACAUGUGUGCACAAUGGAGACAUACAUCACAUACAGGGUUACAACAAAGACCACACGAGCCGAAUUUGAUUUGCCAGAGUACUCUGUCCGCCGGCGGUACCAAGACUUCGACUGGCUCAGGAACAAGCUGGAGGAGUCUCAGCCCACGCAUCUCAUUCCCCCUCUUCCUGAGAAGUUUGUGGUGAAGGGUGUUGUUGAUCGGUUUUCUGAAGAAUUUGUGGAAACAAGGAGGAGAGCAUUAGACAAAUUCCUGAAAAGAAUCACGGAUCAUCCAGUGCUUUCUUUUAAUGAGCACUUCAAUGUGUUUCUCACGGCCAAGGAUCUUAAUGCUUACAAAAAGCAAGGAAUGGCAUUGCUGACAAAGGUGGGGGAGUCUGUCAAGUAUGUCACAGGAGGCUACAAACUAAGAAGUCGGCCCCUGGAGUUUGCAGCUAUUGGAGAGUAUCUAGACACGUUCUCUCUAAAGCUUGGUACCAUUGACAGAAUAGCACAGCGGAUUAUCAAGGAGCAGUUGGAAUACUUGGUGGAGCUACGAGAAUAUGGACCUGUUUAUUCAACCUGGGGUGGGUUGGAGGUUGAGUUAGCGGAGCCACUGGAAGGGGUGUCUGCCUGUAUUGGGAACUGCUGCACAGCUCUUGAGGAACUCAGCGAAGACAUGUCAGAAGACUUCCUGCCCGUGCUUAGGGAAUAUAUAUUGUACUCGGAAUCGAUGAAGAAUGUGUUGAAGAAGAGAGACCAAGUUCAAGCGGAGUAUGAAGCAAAACUGGAAGCAGUAGCUUUGAAAAAAGAAGAACGUCCAAAGGUUAGCACUUGAAACUACU